AUGGCCAAUAUGGCCCAGGGAAACACACAGCAAGGAGCUGCUCAACAGCAGCAGAACCAGCUUUUCAUGGAACAGAACGGAAAUGCAUUCCAGUUCAACAACCUUCAGCAGCAGCAGCAGCAGCAGUUCGCUCAGUUCAUGCAGAAUCAGAAUGGCCUCGGUCAGAUGCAGCAGAACCAGAUGAUUGGUGGUUUCACUUCUCCUUCUGAUGAUACAAACAACAACGCCAACUCUGGCAGCCCCAUGGUGGUUGGAACUCAUCAUUUUAACCCUCACUGGGCCCAGAACUCCUCUUCUACUCCCAGCGUGGCCUCGGGCAACCCCAGCUUUGAGAGCUUCACUCAGUCUCAGACCCCCGUCAUGUUCAACAGCCAGAACCAGUUCCUUGGCAACAUGCAGAACUCGUUCAUGGGAAAUUCUCUGAUGCCUUCCAUGAGCGACCUGAGCAUGCAACCUCCUUUCUUUCCUACUCCUCCCAUGGGAAAUGCUCAGACUCCCUUCAUGAGCAACACCCAAGCUUCUACCAUGAGCGAUUCUCAGGGACAGGGCCAGGGUUUCGUUCAGAACAUGUCUAGUCUUCGGGCCACUGCAUCCUCCACUCCCGCUCAGAACAGCCCUGCACCUCAGCAGAGUACCGUCUCUAUGCCCAACAUGACUCCUCAGAUGCACGCGCAUAUGCAGCAGAUGGAGAUGCGCAUCAAUCAGCAACAAGCCAUCAUCGACAGCAUGAUGAUGCGACAGUCUGGGUCCUCUGCCCAGUCCAACUCCCAACACGGACCAGCUCUUCAGAUGCAGCAGACCUCAACCACUCAGGUUCCUAGCCCUCGUGCGUCUACUCCUGGAACACCUGCUGCCCUAGACUCCGCUGCACAGUCCCUUUCUAUCCAGUCUCCCAUCGCACAGACCUCUACAAAUGAGCAUGUUGCGGUCCAGUCUCCUACUGUUGCCUCUCCAACUACUCAGUCCUCUGGUUCUCAGGGCGGUACCACCAUUCAGACUGUUCCGGCCCCGAGUGCCAACCCAGAAUCCAUGACUGAGCAAGGUUCCCGUGCGAAUCAGAGGGACAGCUCCUUGACUCAGAUCCCAGGUGUGAUGAACACCGACCUCGCAACGAACCCUCGUACACGUCUUCUACCCCAGGAUGUCAAACCUCCUCAUGUUCCUCUUCCCCCUCAACACAAACUCCAAGACUUCCUUGGUGAUGUUGCUCUCGAGGUCGUCAUCCCAGACUUGUUCGGUGAUCAGCCAUCCGCUUCCCAAACUUCUCCUACCCAGGGCUCUUCAGCAGAGGAGCCUUCUACCCCAGCGUCUUCAAAUGGCUUUUCGCCGAUCGAGGAUUGGUCCAAGAAGCGUGUCUAUGCUCCUGGUAUCUUUGCUCCUCGGCGCUCUGAUGGACCCGAGAAGAUAAAUCAAAAGGAAAAGAAGCUUCGCGAGGCCGAGGACAAGGGCGAGCAAGUCUUUCCCAGCAAACGCCGCGUCGUUCGCAUCGACCCCGAAGACCCUCGAUUGGUUCGCGAUGAAAACGGCUUGCCUAUCACACCCCAAGGUGAUCGCUACAACAUCUACUACCUCCCCGGACCCAAGGAAAUAGACACCGCAGAGAUCAAUAGAUUGCUCGCAGAGAUUCGGGCGGAGAAAAAGAAUGCUAUGGAUGAAGCUGCCAGGACUGGUGAGCCGAUCCAAACCUCAAAGUCUGCAAAGAGGAACAGGAAAUCCAAGACUAGAGUUCUCAAAACCCCAUCCGAGACCAUUGUCAACAAGAAGCGACGCAAGACUACUACUACAACAACAACAAAAGCAACUUCUACUCCCAAAGUCGCUGGCGAUGCUCACCUUGCCACUACUCUCGGCGUUCAGCCCUCUCUCAACAACGGUCCUAUCCCUCAACAUUCCAUGGACCCCUUCAAUAUCCAGAGCAACACUGCCCUACCUACGCAAUUUACUCGCGGCGAUGUCUUCAAUCAGCAAGCUUUGACGACCUCUUUCGCUCCCCAAGCUGUCCUUGACAGUGACCUUACCCAGUCAUCCACUGCUGGCAACACUCAACCACUUGCCGCUGGCGGUGAUUCGACUCUUCAGUUUCUUCGCGAGAACAGCUUCACUUCUCAGACCACCUACGAACAACCCACGGCUAACCUCCCUGGCAACGACUACACUUCCCAAGCUUUCAAUCCAUCGGAAUAUAGCGCCAUGCAGCCCGCUGAGGACUUUACCAACGUUAGCGAUCACAGCCUUGAGAUUCCUGCUGACCUCGAUCCCGUGCUUGUUGACGUUGGAAAUACCCUUGAUGAGAACUUGUAUUUCGAUACUGAGCCUUUUGCUCAAUUCUCCCCCACACAAUCUGGCUCUUCCCAUCCCCCAUCGACUCCCGUCUCUGAUUCUGGCGCUGCCAUGACCGAUGAUCACUGUCUUCUUCCUGUUUCCACAUGGCUUGCUGCUCAUUCUGGAGAUGAUUCUACACCCCACACUGUCGACCCUUCCAUGUCUGUGCCCUAUCCGGACAUUUUCAAGAUUUGCCAACCUGAGGUGUCUCUCGGACACAAUGACACUUUGUCUGAGCCAAUUGACGAGAUCCCCAUGCUUCUCCAAGAUGAUGAACAAGGCACCCAGCUGCGCAAAGUCUCCAACGAGCUCGAUCGACCUCCUCCCGAGCAGACCGACAUGAGAGUCCAAAUUGUUGACAUCCCCAACGCAUACAACCGAGACUUGGACGCUACCCGCGCUGCCCUCAUUGAGAAGUUCCGAGCUGGUGGCGAGCUAAACCGCACUGAUCGUAGCAUUCUUCUUCUGAUUGCCAUAACAGACCCUUCUAUCGACGUCAAUGCCGUGAACAGGCAGACCGUGGGAGUGACCGAAGACAUGUCUCCAGCUGAUAUUCCGGCCUUUGAGAAUGACGUCCCUCCGGAUAUCUUCGCCAGUCUUCAAGCCAUUCCUGAAAGCAAUCUUCAGGACCCCAACGCUACUGCUGGCAACGACAACACCAUGUUCCCUGUUACUGGCUGCUCGGACUUCAACUCUUCUAGCGCUACUGGACCUGCCUCAAACUGGCCACUUGCCGCACCCAAUGUGAGCCUUGCACAGAUGCCGUACUCUCCCGUUGUAGCAUCUCAAGAGACUCAAGAUGCCCCUUUCCAACUUCCACAGGGCCCCGAGUUCCACCCUCAAGACCUUAAUGACAACCUGUUUGCUUCCGAGGGAGAAUUCCUGAACCCAGCUGUAUUGAACCAGACAACAACCACAACUCUUCCUCCUUUCACUUCCACAACCACAACCACAACCACACCCACACCCACAGCUGCAGCCAAUACCACCAAGACUGGGCACAACAAGCGCAAGGCGGAUGAGGAUGCCAGUGCCGCGCCCAAGAAGAAGGCUCGCACCAAGAAGGCCCCUAUCCCACAACUCGCGUUGCCCCAGUGCAAGGUCCGCUUUGGCCCUGGCGAGCAGCAGUAA